AUGGAGCAGAUUGUGUAUGCCUGUACCUAUCGGUCGCAUAGUGGUGAUCGGGAGACGACUCGGAUGUUCGACUAUCUCAGUGAGACGGCUGACAUGGUCCAACGUCGGUAUCCUGCUGCCCAAAUGGUAUUUCUGGGGGAUUUUAACGCUCACCACCAGGACUGGCUGUUCCCAUACCAGAAUACCGACCACGCCGGGAGAGAGGCGCUCAAAUUUGCUCUGUCGCUAGAUCUUACCCAGCUAGUCCAAGAAGCAACACGAGUACCCGACGUUGACGACCAUACACCUAAUUGUUUGGACCUUCUGUUGACAACUGACCCUGACCGGUCCUCGGUAUCAGUUGCAGCUCCCCUGGGCACAUCUGAUCACUGUGUGGUAAAGUCAGUAUCUAACUUUCACCCUCUGGAUACAGGUCCUACCGGAACCAGACGUGUGUGGCGAUAUAAGUCGGCAGAUUGGGAUGAGAUGCGACACUUUUUUGCAUCCUACCCUUGGCGGCAGACUUGCUUCUCUUCCAGUGAUCCGUCGAGUUGCGAACAAGAAAUAUCGGAAGUGAUACGUCAGGGGAUGGAGUACUUCAUUCCAUUUGCUGAUGUAUCACUAGAUGGCAAGAUCCCUAGGUGGUAUAAUGCAGAAUGUGCCGAAGCUGCAGCCCGUAAGGACUCAGCGUUUGCAGCGUGGGCUGAAGCCCGUACCCUUAAAUCUCCGGAUAUAACUACGAGGAAGAGAGCGUUCAACUCUGCUGCCAAGUCCUACAAAAGGGUUCUUAAAAAAGCUCGUUUCAACCGUAUUAAACGCAUCGGAGCCCAACUAGCUUCCCAUCCGCGCGGUAGUAGAGCAUUUUGGUCACUCUCCAAGUCGGUUGAAAUGAGCUUCUGCCGUCCCUCGCUGCCUCCUCUGCUUAAACCAGAUGGAUCGCUGGCCUUUACUGCGACAGAAAAGGCUAACCUUUUAGCGAAUCUGUUUGCAGAAAAUUCGCUCCUUGAUGCAGGUAGUGCCUCACCGCCCAGACAUCCACCUUGCGACUCUGUUAUGUCAGAACUACGCAUUCGCCAAACUAAGGUUUUGAGAGUACUCCGUAACUUGGACGUGAAUAAGGUAAUGGGACAGCUGCUUGCAAUAGAUCAAGUCUUUGAUGUGUAG